CUUAUUUAUUAACAAGAUGAAACUUUCAAGACGUCUUGUGUCCUGAUGAAGGUUUCCCUGAAAACCUGAAUUGUCUCCUGUUUAGAAUAUAGUUGGCUUUGGUAAGUUGUAUUCCACCACCAUGGACUCCUUUGAGGAGUGGGUAAAGACCGCUGAUUAUCCAUGCUUUCGAGAAUGGGGGGAGAAAGCGGUAGCGCUAGGCGCAUCCUGGGAUUCUUUCCGCCGAGAGGACAAGAAUGCCAUAGUAGAGGAUCUCAUCACUGGAGGCAUCCCCAUACUAACUGCUCGAGAUAUGGUAGCCAUAGCAACCAAGGAAGUCGACAAGAGCAAAUCGCCGAUGGCUAUCUUCUGGGAUCUGGAAAAUAUGCCUGUGCCUACAGAUACGAGUGGGCGGGACAUUACGACCAGUCUCAAAUCCAUCCUCGCGCCACAUGGGGAUCUUAUUCAGUUUCGCGGCUAUGCAAGUAUUGGGUUGAAUAAUAUCCCCCAAGAGAAGAGGUCCGAUCUGCAGCUAUCAGGAUGUCACCUGGUCGAUUGCCCACAUCAUGGCAGGAAAGAAGUUGCGGACAAGAUGAUCAUAGUCGACGCUAUGCACUUUGCCUUUCAGCACCCGGAAUGCGCCACGCUUUGCUUCAUAACUGGAGACGUGGACUAUGCAUACCUCCUGGCAACUCUCCAACGCCCUCAAUGGAGGACCAUUGUUAUUUCUCGAGGGACAAUGCAGUCCAUGUUACAUGUCAACUCCGAUAUGAAGAUGCGUUGGGAAACAGACAUACUUCAGCCAAUAUAUGGCCGAAUCACACCUGAAACGCAGUCAGUGGAGGAAUCGUCACAAUCAAAGGCCAGUUUCACGAACGCGUGGGACAAACCAUUUCGUCCUCUGCCUGCAGACGAGGCAUGGAAAGACGACGUCGAGCUCUUACACACUGUCCUCAAGGCGGCGAGCCAAAAGAGUGGUACCCUGGCACCCUUGAAGUCGGCAAUCGGUAUUGCACUGCGCAGCACCAACCCAGGUCGAUUUCCUCAACGAAUUUCCAUUCAAAAUUUCCUCGCGAGGGCCAUCGACGAGGGUGUCGUCAUUGAGAAUGGCGACGGGGCGCUGAAGACUCUUUGUCUCCCACUACAUGCUGGUCAUCCGACUACGAUACCGGCUCUAUCCUUGUCGAAGAAGCUGCCCUCUGGGCUUCAAAGUUUUCCGCCAAAGGUACUGGAUGCAGCUUCAAAGGCACCCUUCAUUGUUCUGCUUCGCAAGAUGCAUUGCCCUCCAAACAAGACGCCCCCUAGUAAAGCAUUCAUUCAGUCUUCUCCUGACUGGCUGUUUUACAUGUUUCCAACUCAAGCCACAGCUCUAGAUGCAGCCUCCGAUCAUCGCUGGUUGAGUCAGGGCACAUUCAUUGAUAUUCGUCAGAUCCCUCCCCCAUUGAUGCAAGAAAUCACCAUUCCUGAUCAGCAUGCCACAACUUCUCGGUCUGGUAAUGGUGCAACUAUGAGGAAGUGUGGCCCUUGUGGCGCUAUGGCUCCACAGUCUGACGGUUUCUUCUCCGACUGUGGUACGCAGUUCUUUUGCUCUGGUGAAUGUCGAGACUGGAUCCACGAGGACGCCGGAACUAAGGAGAGAGGUGUGGAUCUAGUGGUUGAGACCCUAGAGUUCUUGGCAAAUUGUGAUGAUCUCUACUGCCAGAUGACAAUGUUGGGAAAGCUCUUGACACAGCGGUACCCAUCACUCUGCACAUCGAGGCGGCUUACCAAACUAUGGAUAUUGCAUGCAGAGAACUCGAAGAGAGUUUUUACCUACAAGGUUACAAAACAAAAAUUUGCAGCACUUCCUCGCUUUCGAAAGCUUAUGUUGGAGUGCGGCCAAGACGAGAAAAUCAGCACUGCCGUCGAGGAGGAGUUCGUCUACAAUUUGCUAUGGGAGGGGACUGGUUCGUACAUUGAUCGCAAGAUUGUCAACCGGCGAUUGCAGGAAAGCUUUGCUUCCAUGCAAAAGCCUACAUUUAGGCAACAGGUAUUUGCCAAUGCCAAAGCUAAGGACCGCUUCUUUCUUGCGAAAGGACCAUUGAACCAAACCGUGGGGCUGUCUAAAGCAGCUGCUGAAGCUGGAUUGGAGACGUCCUCAGCUCCUACUAGCCCAGUGAAACUGGCAAGCACCGAGAGCGGAGCAAAGUCUCCAGAUGAGGUCUUUGAUCAUGAUUCGGACUCGAGCGACGACGAACCUGAUCUUUUGCGGCUCGUUGCUUCAAGGAAAUAGUCCGAAACUUCCCUCUGAGUGGGAAAUCCUAACUGUGUUACAAACUCAUUUUAGGCAGGUUGUCAAUCCUGAUCUCACCUGUAGCGGCAAUUCUUAGAUGACUGUGCCAGUGAUAUGCCAGUGUUGCUUUGGCUGAAUCCGUAUCCUAGAGCCUACUAGAGGGAGCCUCGAAGAGUACUAGUACUGUACUGCACG